AAUACAUCGUUUUUAUUUUCAUCUCUUUCAUCGAAAAAUUUUAAACAAGCGGUAGCAAAAUGGAUAAAAGAAGAAGAGUAUGCUUCUCAAAUUCAAGUUCAAGUGAAGAAGAAAUAAAAGCAAACUCAAAAAAUAAAUACUUAAAGCAAUGGGAAUUAUUGCCCGAAUUCAGGGGCUGGCUAUGCCAGGAGGAAAAAGAAUCUGCAGCAUCAACAUCAGCUGUUCGGGCAUUUUGCAAAGUGUGCAAAAUUGCUCAAGUCGCCAAAAAAUCCGAGCUGCAAAAACACGCCAAGACUCAAAAGCAUAUUCGAAAUGCCAGCCUCCUGUUAACUAACAAGCAGCCUAAAAUGUCCUCUUUCUUAAGUAAGCCCAGUGAUGUUCAAGUAAAAGAGGCUGAAAUAAAACUUUGUGUAUUUGCUGCUGAGCACAAUAUUCCUUUCAUUGCUUUUGACCAUCUGACUGCACUUCUCAAGAAAAUAUUUACUGACUCGGAAACAGCAAAGAACAUGACCUUAUGCAGCACCAAGGCAACGUGUAUAAUAAGAAAUGUAACUGGAGAGUUUGGUUUGCGUAAAUUAAUUUCAAUUUUAAAAAAUCAAGUCUUCAGUAUUAUUAUUGAUGAGUCAACAACUAUCGAUUCUAAAAAAAACCUUGUUGUUAUUUGUAGAUAUGUUGUUGAUCUACAAAAAGUGAAAGUUUUUUGGCUUUAAUAGAAGUUCCUGAGGCGAACGCAAGAACACUGUUCGAGAAAAUUAUAGAUUUUUUUAAAUCGAAUGAAAUACCAUUUGAAAAAAAUUUGGUUGCAUUCGCUUCAGAUGGUGCAAGUGUGAUGGUUGGGAAAAAUAAAUCUGUUUCCAAAUAUUAAAAGGACAUCAUCCCAGACUUGUUUGUGAUGAGAUGCGUUUGCCAUUCUUUUCAUAUUGUGGCCAGUAAUGCAUUACGAUUCAUACCUGACGAAGUUGAAAUCUGCUGUCGGGAAAUAUACGCCCAUUUCAAUUGUAGUGCAAAACGUCAAAACAUUUUAAAAGAAUUUCAAGAAUUUUGUAAUGUUAAACCACACAAAAUGCUUCAUCCUUCACAAACAAGAUGGUUGUCUCUUCAUGCAGUCAUUAAAAGACUGAUUGAACAAUAUAAUGCAUUGCUUUUGUACUUUGCUGGAACAUAUUUAGAGGACACACUUAAUAAAAAACAGUGUGAAAAGAUUUAUCGAAUAUUGGAAAAACCAUCCACUAUACUAUAUCUAGAUUUUUUGAACUUUUUUUUGCCUUUAUUUACAAAAUUGAAUAUAGAAAUGCAAUCUGACGAUAUAAAAAUUCAUAUUUUAUACGAUCGGAUAGAACUAACACUGAAAACAAUAGCCGAUUGCUUCUUAAAAAAAGAAUAUUUAAAUAGUUUACCAAAUAUUUUUUUAAUAAAUUUGAACAAUAUAGAAAACUUUGAAUCUUUGGGAAAUUUGUAUUUGGGUCCGCAGUUGUGUUCAAAAUUGGAAGAUUCAGUUUUAACUGAAAGCGAAAUGUCUGAUUUUAAAGAUAACUGUAGAAACUUUCUCAUUAAGUCGUGUAAAGAGAUAAUUAAACGUUUUGACUUUUGUGAUGAAGGUGAAGUUUUUAAACUUCUAAAAUUUGUCAGCCCAGCAUCUCUCAAAAACAAAACUUUUAGUUCACUUGGACCUCUGUCCAAAUAUUUUUCCAACGUUUUUUCAGAAGGCGAAUGGAAUGAACUUGACCUCGAAUAUCGAUCCCUUCGAAAUUUAAAUUUAAUAGAUAUUUCCACUGAAAAUGUUCAGCAGUUCUGGAAAAAUGUUUUAAAUAUAAAGUUCGGCGACGAAACUGAAAUGUUUCCGCAUAUGAAGAAAUUAAUUUCGUUUAUCUUUUGUCUUCCACAUAGUGGAGCGGGGGCCGAAAGAUUAUUCUCAGCAGUCAACUUAAACAGGACUAGGCUUAGAAAUAAGCUUCAGAAUCCCACAUUAAGUGGAAUUCUAUUCACAAAAGCUCUUGUUAAGAGAAAUAAAUGUGUAGAUUUUGAAGUUGAAAAAGACUGUGUUAAUUUACAUAACAAAAAUAUGUACAAAAACUAAAGACUAAUAUGAUUAUUAUAUUAUUAUAAGCUACCUAUUUACAUCCUUUGAAUUUUUGUGAUACCUACAACUUUUUUAUUUGUAAUGAAGAUGUUACGUUUUUGUUUUUGUUUGAAAAAAAUACUAUAUA